AUGCCACGUCAUAACAUCUUCCACAUUCUCCUCUUUUUAUGUCUUCUGACGUGCCUCGACUCACGACGAAGAGCCGGUCAAUCGAGUCGAGCGUUCGAAGACAAGAAAGCUGAUGAACGACACUUUGAUUAUAAGUCAGCACCUGGAGAAGCGAUUCCAGAUGAGUCAGAAGACGAUGAGAAACCGAAGAUAGUAUUGGGAGGUGGAGGGGGUGGAUCGAGUACGGUAGAGCCCCCCUCGACAUCAACGGAAGCAUCAAAAAAGAAGGAAGUGGAAGAAGAGGCGACAACUCAGUCGACUGAAGAGUGUGAGUUUUUUGUUGUAAAUUUGAAAAGUUAA